AUGGCCGCGUCCACCUUGUCCGUCUGCUCCAGCAACCUGAGCUAUGGCAGCUGCGUCUGCCUGCCUGGUUCCUGUGACUCUUGCAAGGACUCCUCCUGGCAGGUGGACGACUGCCCAGAGAGCUGCUGCGAGCCUCCCUGCUGCGUCCCCAGCUGCUGCCAGCCCCUCUGCUGUCCCCCCUGCCUGACCCUGGUCUGUGCCCCAGUGAGCUGUGUACCCAGCCCCUGCUGCCAGGCGGCCUGUGGGCCCAGCCCCUGCCAAUCAGUCUUCACCAGCUCCUGCCCGCCCUCGUGCUGCCAACAGUCUAGCUGCCAGCCCUCCUGCUGCACCUCCUCCCCCUGCCAGCAGGCCUGUUGCACACGCAUCUGCUGCAAACCCCUCUGCUGCACACCUGUCUGCUCUGGGGCCGCCCCCUGCCCCUCGUCCUGCUGCAGACCCUCCUCCUGCGUGUCCCUCAUCUGCCGCCCCGUGUGCAGGCCCGCCAGCUGCGUGCCCAUCUCCUCCUGCUGUGCCCCUGCUUCCUCCUGCCAGCCUAGCUGCUGCCGCCCGACCUCCUGUGUGUCUGUCAUCUGCCGCCCCCUGUGCUCCCGCACGGCCUGCUGUGUCCCCACCUUGGCCCAGAAGUCCUGCUGCUGA